AUGGCAGGUCGUGUUUUCACUUUCGGUUGUUCUGCAGUGAAGUGGAUAUCAAGGAAUAAUAAUGUUCGAGCCUUAACUACAAUUCCAGGAACUGAAGCUGUUUCACGGUCAAGUGCUGGUAUAUCAUUUGAGUUGACAGAUGAACAGAAGGAAUAUCAGCAAUUAGCUCGCAAAUUUGCGAGAGAAGAAAUGAUACCCAAAGCUGCCGAGUAUGAUAGGACAGGCGAGUUUCCUGUUGAUGUUAUUAAAAAGGCAUGGGAACUUGGACUAAUGAACACACACAUUCCACAGGAAUAUGGUGGACCAGGAUUUGGUAUUUUUGAUGCAUGUUUAGUGACAGAAGAGUUGGCGUAUGGAUGCACUGGUAUAGAAGUAGCAAUGGAGGCCAACAAUCUUGGACAAACACCUGUAAUUAUUGCUGGUAAUGACGAACAGAAGAAAAAAUAUCUUGGACGAAUGGUAGAAGAACCUCUAAUGUGUGCAUAUGCUGUAACAGAGCCUGGUGCUGGAUCUGAUGUCGCCGGGAUUCGUACUCGUGCUGAGAAAAAAGGAGACCACUAUGUGAUAAACGGACAAAAAAUGUGGAUUACAAAUGGAGGAAAAGCUAACUGGUAUUUUGUAUUAGCUAGAACAGAUCCUGAUUUGAAAAGACCAGCAAGUGGUGCCUUUACUGGGUUCAUUGUUGAUAGAGAUACGCCUGGUGUUACACCUGGUAGAAAGGAACUCAACAUGGGACAACGUUGUAGUGACACUCGUGGUAUUACUUUUGAAGAUGUUGUUGUACCAAAGGAAAACGUCUUGUUAGGUGAUGGAGCAGGUUUUAAAAUUGCCAUGGGUGCCUUUGAUAAAACAAGACCACCAGUUGCUGCUGGUGCUGUCGGGCUUGCUCAGAGAGCCUUGGAUGAAGCCACUAAAUACGCACUGGAAAGAAAAACUAUGGGCAAAGUAAUUGCACAGCAUCAAGCUGUAGCUUUCAUAUUAGCUGAAAUGGCAAUAGGAAUUGAAACAGCUCGAUUGGCUACUUACAAAUGCUGUUGGGAGCAUGAUCAAGGUCAUCGUAACACAUACUAUGCUUCCAUUGCCAAAGCAUGGGCAGCAGAUGUCGCUAAUAAAUGUGCUACAGAUGCAGUACAAAUAUUUGGUGGAAAUGGAUACAAUAGUGAAUAUCCAGUGGAGAAACUAAUGCGGGAUGCCAAAAUAUUCCAGAUUUAUGAAGGAACUGCUCAGAUUCAAAGAAUGAUCAUAGCAAGAGAAUGGAUUAAUAAAGUCAAGCUUGGAGAAAACUAAAUGAACAGAGCAUGAUGAUAUGUUGAAUCUUACAACAUGAGUAUAAGAUUACGUAAUGUUAAGUUGUGCUCAUAACAUCCAUUUUCUAAUUGUAGUUAUCAUGUGAUUUGGCAUUUUCUUUGUUUCACUCAGGUUGUAUUUAUAUGCAUUUUGACUCAGAGUUAUAUUUAUCAAACAAUGAUGAAGUAUUUGUAAAUCAAUAUAGAUUAUAAAUGAUAUACUGUACAUAUUGUAUGUAGGUUUGAAUAUUAAAUCAUGGUGAAGGAAAA